UCUUUUCUACAAAUUAAAAAGUCUCCCUUUGCUUUGAUCACAAUUACGUAUAUUAAGAGCGCACACUGAAUUAAUUAAUGUAAUUUGUAAAUCUACUCCUUCUACUUCUUCUUCUUUGAAAUAGAUGUAAAUCAAAGCCAAAAACCAUAAACACGAAAAAAAGGAAAGAAAAGAAAAGAGAAACCUCCUCUCUUUCUCUCUCUCUCUCUUUUUUUCUAUAAAUUACGCCUGUGAGAAGUUUCUGUUCCUGUUGCCAAAUCUGAUAUCUCAGAGAGACUCUCUCUCUCUCUCUUUCUUUCUCUAUUUGGAAUUUUCUCGAGAAAGAUUGGGGAUGGGUAAUAAGCUUGGGAGGAGAAGACAAGUGGUAGAUGAGAAGUACACUAGACCACAGGGGCUGUACAAUCAUAAGGAUGUAGAUCAGAAGAAGCUUCGGAAGCUUAUACUUGAAUCUAAGCUUGCUCCGUGCUAUCCAGGAGAUGAAGAUGGCACUUGUGAUCUUGAAGAGUGUCCGAUUUGCUUUUUGUAUUAUCCAAGUCUUAACAGGUCAAGAUGUUGCCUGAAAAGCAUCUGCACAGAGUGUUUUCUACAGAUGAAAGUUCCCAAUUCAACUCGUCCUACACAGUGUCCUUUUUGCAAAACUGCAAAUUAUGCUGUGGAGUAUCGUGGUGGGAAAACAAAGGAAGAGAAGUGUUUGGAGCAGAUUGAAGAGCAACGUGUCAUAGAAGCGAAGAUUAAGAUGCGGCAGCAGGAAAUUCAGGAUGAAGAAGAGAGAGUGCUGAAAAGGCAAGAACUCAGCUUCUCAAGUGGAAAUAUGGAACCUGUGGGGGUUGAAUACAGCUCAGUAGCAGUUACAUCUUCUAGGUCUCCUGUCGAAAGUGAGGAAAUCAUUGCUUCGUUAGACUCAUCUCCUUCCCCUAUGAUUAGACCACCUCCACCACAACUCCCAUUACCUAGGACAAAUCGGGACGAUGAGUUUGACCUGGAUCUUGAGGACAUAAUGGUCAUGGAAGCAAUUUGGCUUUCCAUUCAGGAGAACAGCAGACACAGAAAUCCUGUAUAUGGUGAUGCUCCUUCUGAGCAAUAUGCUACAGAUCGCUAUGUACCUGCGAUGACUACAGCAGCUGGAUCCUCAUCUUCCCCAUCUGGAGGUCUUGCUUGUGCCAUAGCUGCCUUGGCAGAGCGUCAGCAAAUAGUUGGAGAAUCUUCUGUUAACCCUAACAGAAAUAUGUCAGCAAGCAACAUGCUUCCACAAGCUAGCAGGCUUUACAACAGGGACCAUGAAGAUAUAGAAAAUUACCCAACUGCAGCGAGCUCCAGUGAGGCAUCAACUGAUGGUAGGAUGACAUUGACAAGGGAUGAUGGAGAAUGUUAUGGGGACCGUGGAUCAGACGUGGCUGAAGCAGGAACCAGCUAUGCAAGCUCUGAUGCCACAGAAGAUGCUUCUGCAAUGCCACAAGCAGAUGAAAUGGUGGGCAACCUUCAAAAUGCCACAGAGACCAUUAUUCCUGAUAGUUAUGAGGAACAGAUCAUGCUGGCCUUGGCAGUUUCUUUGGAUGAAGCUCGGAGAUAUGGCUAGCGUGAACCGGUAGCUUCCUGGCAGUAGUUUUACGACUAGCUACUAGUUAAGUCUUGCUCAAACAGAUGGUGCUGGCCAUGGCUGUUUAGCUAGCUGUGGCUCGUGCCAGGAUGAGUGCCCAAGGAGCUGCAACCUGUGUGAAAUUUGUUCAGGGUCAAGGUAGUGAUGAUUCUCUCCCUCGCUCUCUCUUUCUAUAUAGAAAUGUGAAAGGAAAAUAGAUUCUUUUAGUGAAUGAAAAAGCCUGUUGCUUUAUGCUCGUAUAGUGAUUAAUGUGCCCUCCUAUUCUAGUCUAAUAUUUCCAGCAUGUCUGGUAAUCCCUUGGAAACGUUGUUGCUUAAAUUGUUUGUUUUAUAGUUGUGUAUGGCCCAUAUUUAUCA